UUCACAAACUCCUUUUUUUCCAAUCGCUUCUCUUCCUCUGAUAUGCUUUGAAAAAGUUCGAAAAUUAGCUUUUGCUCCUCUUGAAUUUCCUUUCCAAUUCAAGGCCAAGAGAGAGUUUUUUUUUGGUAGAAGUCAAGAGAUAGUUUACAAGCAAAGGAAAAUGCCUCCUGCGGUUUCCAAUGUCCAAAGUUGGACCCAACCAUUACUCGGGUUUUUAAACAUCCUCGUCUCUGUGUUCGGUUCCUUCCUGCAACUAAGAUUUCAAUCAGCGGAGGCCUCCCCUUUCGACACGCACAGGCUUCACAUCUUGGCAUUUUUCAUUGUCAUCGUCAUCUGUGCCGUAUCACUGGGAGUCGAAAUCAAACUCGAAGCUGCCGGUGCAGAUUGCUCGGCUGUUGUGAGCACAAUCUUCCUCCUCGCCGGAUCUCUAGCUCUAAUCCUGCUGCUUUUGAUCAUCGAGCCUUACGUUGGAUGGCCGUUGCUUAUCGUAUGGUUCUUGUACUUUGUAAAGCUGGCUUGCGAAUCCUACAAUGAGAUCCGUCAUUCAAUUGCGUCUGCGGUUGAGCCCGCGACUAAUUUUCUGAAAACCCUAUUCAAUUGCAAUCGCAAUCAGAGCGGAGAAGCAAACCAGUCUACUACUAUUUAAGCCAAGAGUUUCUCAGUCCAUUUUGUAUUUCAUUACACUUGCUCAUAGGUUUCCCUUUUUUGUGUGAUUAAGUGUGACCGGUAUUGGUGAAUCUGACCCAUUGCCAAGGGGGUGUUUGAACUUUGAACUCAUUUUCCUCCUUUAUUUCUUAAAAAUUGUACUAGUUAAAAGAAAAGUGUAACAGUAUU